AAAUUGCAUUAUAAUGAAGGGAAAUUAGAAAAAGCGUCGGUGGGAAGGUUAAAAUGUCGGAGUUGUAGAGAGAGAAAGAGUGUUUUAGAGAGAGAUAGCUUUGUAUAUUAGCAACCCCAUCAAAUUGAGGUCUCAAUUUUUCAAGGUCAAGAAAACAGGAAUAAAUUUGGGGGGAGGAAAAAAAUUGGAUCGAAUUUCAGAGCCCCUUGAAAUUCAAAAAACCUAAAAAAAGAACAAAAAAAUGGCAGAUUUUUCAAGCAAUGAGUCAGUUUCUGUUGAUAUGGAAACUAUUUAUCUUGGUGGAAAGGAAUACCAUGUACGAACUGGGCACGGCCCUGUGUCUGUCAUCGUUUAUGGAGACAAAGACAAACCAGCAUUGGUCACCUAUCCUGAUUUGGCUCUAAAUCAUAUGUCUUGCUUCCAAGGAUUAUUCUUUUUUCCCGAGGCCGCUUCUUUGUUGCUCCACAACUUUUGCAUUUACCACAUCAGCCCUCCUGGACAUGAGUUGGGAGCUGCUGCGUUAUGUCCAGAUGAUCCCGUCCCAUCAGCCGAAGAUUUAGCUGAUCAGAUUCUUGAGGUUCUCAACUUUUUUGGGCUCGGUGCAGUGAUGUGUAUGGGCGUAACAGCCGGAGCUUACAUACUUACCUUAUUCGCUUUGAAAUACAAAGAACGGGUUCUUGGUUUGAUCCUUGUUUCUCCCCUGUGCAAAGGACCUUCAUGGACUGAAUGGCUUUACAAUAAGGUUCUGUCAAAUUUGCUUUAUUUUUACGGGAUUUGUGGCUUGGUGAAGGAGUGCUUGCUGAAACGAUUUUUUAGUAAGGAAGUCCGUGGUAGUUCGGAAGUACCGGAAUCCGACAUAGUUCAAGCGUGCAGAAGACUGCUAGAUGAGAGGCAAAGCAUCAACAUUUUGCGGUUUCUGGAAACAAUGAAUGGAAGACCCGACAUUAGUGAAGGAUUGAAAAGAUUAAGAUGUCGGACGCUGAUAUUUGUUGGAGAUGAGUCUCCUUUUCAUGCUGAGGCGCUUCACAUGAUUUCAAAUCUAGACAAAAGAUGCAGUGCGUUGGUUGAGGUGCAAGCUUGUGGAUCAAUGGUAACAGAGGAACAGCCGCAUGCAAUGCUAAUUCCAUUGGAAUACUUCCUCAUGGGAUACGGAUUUUUCCGACCGUCUCAGUUCAACGGAAGCCCGAGAAGUCCUCUCAGUCCAUCUUGCAUUUCGCCAGAGCUGCUUUCGCCUGAAAGUAUGGGCUUAAAGCUGAAACCAAUAAAGACCCGCAUUUCUUUGCAUUCAUAGCGCUGACAAGUGAUGUUCGCUAGGUGUACUUUUCCCGGUAUUUUCCACUUUAUUGUUAGUUGAAGGAAUGUAGAUACACGAACGUAGGAUGUUUUGAUAGAUAACGAGACAUUUUAUAUAGGGUGGGGAUCAUUCAUUCAUUUGUAGUCAUUCAUAAACGAACUAGCAUUCGUUAUUUGCUUGUAAAUUCUUGGAACGCCAUUUAUGAUGACGAGAAAUUAAUAAUGAAAAACUUAUUCUUAUGUUUUUUACUA